AUGCACGAUCCCCAACAUAGGGAUGGGUUAGAAGAACAACAUGUAUCUGUUGUCAAAAUCAGAAAUGCAGUGAGGUUUGUCAGGUCCUCUCCUGCUAGAGAGACGAAAUUCAGAGAGUGUGUCGAGAGGGAAAAGAUAGCUUAUACAAAGAAAGUCUGUUUGGAUGUCGAAACAAGGUGGAAUUCCACAUAUCUAAUGUUGGAAACUGCAGAGAAGUAUGUUGAUGCUUUCGAAAGACUUCAAUCAUUGGAUUACAACUAUAAAGAAUAUUUUCAAGCUGAUUUUGAUGAUGAGGAGUCGAAUGCAAGAAAGCGAAAGAGAAAAAAAGAAAGAAAUUUGGGACCUCCUACCAAGAGUGAUUGGGCGAGAGCCAGAAAUUUUAUGAAGUACCUGAAGAUUUUCUACGACGUGACUAAUUUGAUUUCUGGGAACAAAUAUGUAACUUCAAAGUUGUUUUUCAAAGAACUCGUGGCAAUGCGUGCAGGCAUUUCAAAAAUGUGCUUGAGCUCGGAUAAGGAAGAAAGGGAAAUGGCCAUCUCUAUGAGAACAAAAUAUGACAAGUAUUGGGAUAAUAUUGAUAAGUUCAAUUUGUUGUUGUAUGUGGCUGUGGUGUUAGAUCCCCGCGAUAAAAUGCGUUAUCUUGAUUUCUGUUUAGGGCAGACUUAUGGGGCAGGUUCUCCGAAAUCCAAGGAAGUAAGUGAAAGGGUUCGUUCAGUUUUGAAUGAAUUAUUUGAUCACUACAAAAUGAAAGUCGACAAGGUGAAUGGUAAAACAUCUUCGUCUUUGGGUUGUGCUGUUUCUGAGGAUAAAACUGGUGAUAUGAAAACUGAUUUGGAAUCAAGUUAUUUGAAAUUCUUGGAGGGUGAAGGAAAUAUCGAAAAGUCCGAGGUUGAAGUGUACUUGUCUGAUGGAAUGGAAAAGAGAGAUGAAAAGUUCGAUAUUCUUAAUUGGUGGAAAAUGAAUUCCGUAAAGUUCCCAAUACUUUCUCAAAUUGAUCGACAUGUGUUAGCAAUGCCAAUAUCCACUGUGGCAUCGGAAUCGGCAUUUAGCAUCGGCGGUAGGGUUAUUGAUCCAUUUAGGAGUUCUCUUAGUCCUCAGACGGCCGAAUCUCUUAUUUGUGCUCAAGAUUGGAUCCGAUCUUCGCCGACUGACAUUGAACUGUCCGAUGCAAAACCAAAAAGCAAGGAUAUAGGAGAUUUGCAAGAAAAAUUGGAAAAACUUGAGAUAGAUGCAUUUUCAAGUGGAUCGAAGUUCUUCACUAUGCAAGAUUCAUGUCUUUAA